UUUCAGUGGAUGCAAUGAUGAUGAUAACGAUGGAUUCGUUGUGAGCGAUAGGACAACGGCCAAGAUAUCGAGGGUGGCGGAUUGUUUGAAAGAAGAGAAUCAGAACAAGACCACGAAGCGCACACCACUUCGUGGGGCUUACAUUGGACUCUCAUCCAUUUUCUUAAACCAAUCAUCCAUAUAUAGAUCCACCUAAUUAUCAUCACAACCACCACCACCAAUGCUACCAUCAUCAUCAUCAUUACCAUUAUCAUCAUCAUCAUCAUCAUCAUCAGCUCUUAUUUAAUGUUUGCUCGUAUUCGUUCACAAGAGGGCGUUAACAAAUUAGACGAUACGUGGUGAUUUAGGGCAUUAGCAUGAUCAAUCCAAGAUUAUCAUGCUUUGGAUUCGUUUUGCAGUCACCGUGGAUUGUACUCCCUCAUCAUAUUAGUAUACCCUGUUGCUCCGAUAUAUUGAAUGCAGAGCUGAUAAUGGAUAGAUUGAAGGUAGCGAUUAUCGGAGCUGGGGUCUCGGGUCUCGUUGCGGUGAAAACAUGUCUUGAGGAAGGCCUAGAACCGGUUUGCUUCGAAAAAGAACAUGAACUGGGUGGUUUAUGGGUGUAUCGUGACGAGGUAGGAUCCGACCCAAGAGGACCAGCCGGCAUCUACAAGGGUCUCAUCACCAAUGUAUCCAAAGAGAUGAUGGCUUUCAGCGACUUCUCAUUCCCUAGACACGCUCCGCCUUAUCUAACGUCUGACGAUGUUGUGCAGUAUCUACAAAGCUAUGCAGAGCAUUUUGAUCUGAUGAAACACGUCCAUUUCAAUACAUCAGUUGUAGAAGUGACGAAAUCCCAGGAUUAUGAAAAGACGGGGAGGUGGAAUGUGUGUACGCAGUCCCAAGGCGAAGAACCCAAGACAGAGAGUUUCGAUGCCGUGAUGAUGUGUUCGGGGAUAUAUACAUCGGGCAACAUACCAGACUACCCUGGGAUGAGUGGGUUCAAGGGUCAAAUACGACACAGUGGUCAGUUCAGAGGCGGGAAGGAGUUCAUGGAUAAGACCAUCGUGGUGGUGGGCUCUUGUCAUUCUGCGGGUGAUGUUGCAGUGCUGAGUACCAGUCACGCAAAGAAGGUUUAUCUGAGUUUACGGGAUGGUGCAUGGAUCGUACCCCGCCUUGUCGCCAAACAACCCGCCGACGUCUGGGCCAACCGACGGUGGAUACACCUGGUACCACCAUGGCUCUACGAACGUCUCGUCAAUCUCAACAUAAAGUCGAUGCAGGAUUGGAAGACGCUCGGCAUUCAGAAAAGUCUCCCUCCUUCCAACAGUAGCAUCAUGAUGAAUGAUGAACUCCCGAUGAAGAUCAUGAGUGGUAAAGUGGUGGUCCGGAGUGGGGUUGAACGGUUUGAAGGAUCCAAAGUGAUCUUUGAUGACGGGUCUUCGCUGGAGGAUGUUGACUAUGUUGUCUUCGCCACUGGGUAUAACCCUAAAAUUUAUAUGAAAGAUGAUGUCAUAUCAGGUAGUUCCAGCCAAUUAGAUUUGUACUUACAUGUCGUGCCGCCAAGACUUGAGCACCCAACGUUGGCCGCCAUUGGUUACGUCAUGACACGUGGAACACUAGGUCCAACAGCAGAACUGCAAAGUCGGUUUGCAGUGAAGAUGUUCAAGAAAGAGUUGCAACUACCGAGUGCUUCGGAGAUGCUUGCGGAUGUCAAGAGAAGGAGGGAUGCUGUGCUUCAGCAGUACAAUGAAGAUAAGCCGAAGAUCCAUCCGACGAAAUACAACGACGAGCUCGCUCAAGCAAUCGGAGCUCGACCAAGUUUCUGGAAUCUGUUGGUGUCGGAUCCCAAACUGGCUUACCGGUUCUUCUUUGGCCCGGCCUUCCCGUCGUGGUUCAGAUUGGUUGGUCCUCACUCGAAUCCCGAUGCGCGUCGGAGAAUACUACAGAGCGGAGAUGAUUUGAUACAUGGAAUCACAUUGAGAACGGUUCGUCCAAGAGCACUGUCGCGUUUGGAAGGAUUACAAGGAGGCAGGAUACUAUCGAUUAAACUUGUUGCUGUUUGUCUUUUCGUCUCAUCUUUAGCUGUUAUGUCUUGGUCAUAGUCCUGUAUGAUCGUUUAAUAGUGUUCCAUAUUAUUUUCGAAGAUCACGGGGUGAUCAUUAGAAGUUCUGAAAUGAACCACAAGAAACACUCCAGUUCGUAUGUCCGUCACAUUUUGUCACCUCGUUAGCACCGUAAAGCUGUCGGACUAUGGAGUCAUUACUGCAGCUGAGGAUUGUUCAGGGUUGUAUGAUGAUAUGAUCUUUUGGUUACGUUGCAAAGAGUAUAUUUUUACACGAAAACUAUGAAACGUAUUAAAUGUAUAUUUAGAAUACGUAUUGUCUAAACUGCCCAUCUAAUAAACCAGUUCGUAGAUACAACCUUGGCAUGUGCAGAUAAAAGUCAUUUGAUCUGAGCUUUUAUACUACAGAGAGUAAAGUGUUGUAGGAGGGCCUGUCAUAGCAACACAUUCCUGCAAAGUGGAUGCUCUGAACAUAGAGCAUAUAAAGUGCAGAUGAAUGUGAGCUGGCUGGCUUCUUCAGUGGUGUCCGUAGUUGAAACGUUGGAGGCAUAAAUUCGAAUACUCUACCGAAGCAAUGUACUGUUGUGUAUCCAUUACAUGAAGCUGUCUUGUUGAAUUAUGCACGACUUAACGCACAAAUGGAACAUGUUCUUAGGUGUUAAGUCAAUGUAUCAUUUAGCACAAGAAAGGGUCACCAGUCGUGCAUGCCUAAAGUCAUUCGAAAUUUAUGAACAGCUUUAUAAAAUAACCAUCGUAUAUUGAAAGCUGCCCUGACAUAGGUGUCUCAGGAAUGAUUUUAAUUUUCCACAUGAAUCAAAAGAGAAUUAAAAGCUAAGUAAAACCACCCGUGAGACAUCUUGGUUAGGCCUACUUUGUGUGUGACUGCUCUAAGUGCAAAACGAAAAAAUCUCUAAUAGGUCUAUGAUAGUUAUCAGAGGUAAUUUGGCACAGAGGCUAACCAUGGACUGGUCUAUUGGAGGUGGUGUAUUGAUAUUAUAUUAUUUUUACUCUACAGAGGUAUUUUUAAAUGAAUUUUUAUCGAUGUGCUUCUUAAAGGUCAUUAAGUGAAUAAAUUGUACUCUUAUCACA